CGAAAGGGGUGAACGAAAGGGGAGUUCGAAAUUUAAAUUUAUUCACGUUUUGGUAAUUGCCAUUUAAAUUUAAUAAUCAAUACUGCAGAAAAAUACGUGUUUGUUUUGGUGAUUUUCGUGUCAAGGUUACUUGAGUUGGCGACAGUUUAUUGUUGAUUUAUUGUGCAGGUUAUCUUGCGGAAAAUCGGGAAAUUGCAAUGUUUAAAAAAUGGUUUUCGUUGGCAUGCAUUCUAAUAUGCACUUCUUUGAUCACCUGCCUCCCGGAUGAGGGCAAGUGGGACUCUAACCUGACCGUGGACGACAAUGGCCUAAUCCUCACCAAAAGUCUAUACAAAGGGGCGCAAAUCUUCAUUAAAAUCAAUUGUGACACCCACAUCCGCGAGCUUGAAAUCAACAUAAAAGUGGUGAUAGUGCCGUCGCCAUGCUGGGACUACAGCAACACGAUAAGCGAGGCCACCGAACUGAUCAAAUCACCGGCACCGGGGGCCAACUCCUCGUCCUUGUACCGCUUCACGCGUGCGUACACGUGCCCCGACCACGUCGUCAUCGACAGCGCCCCCCUCACCAAAGACCACUCGCGGCCCCCCAUCUACGAGAUACCCCACGACGGCGUCUACGUCCUCGUGUUCCAAAUGAGCGCCCCCUUGAACACCUCCGACUUGACCGUGGGGGUCCACGUCGAAAUGAAGAGCGAUUACGGGUAUCUCUCGGCCGCCGAUUGGCCCCUUUUGCCUUUCUACGGCUUCAUGUGCAUUUUCUACGUGAUUUUGGGGGUCAUCUGGCUCAUUCUGUCGUUUCUGCAAUGGCGGGAUUUGCUCAGAGUCCAGUUCUGGAUCGGGGGAGUUAUCCUGUUGGGGAUGUUGGAAAAGGCGACUUUUUACGCCGAAUAUCAGAGCAUUAAUAACACAGGGAUGCGCGUCCAGGGGGCUAUGCUUUUUGCCGAGUGGGUCUCCUGUGCCAAGCGCACGCUGGCCCGAAUGUUGGUCGUGAUUGUAAGUCUAGGUUUCGGGAUUGUUAAACCUAGACUAGGCUCAACUUUGCAUCGGGUUGUUGGGGUGGGCUUCUUGUAUUUUUUCCUAGCGGCGUCUGAGGCGUACUUGAGGAUAAUGCGGCCGAAAAAUGACCAAAGUCGCGAUUUGUUGGUCGCUUCGGUUCCACUUGCAGUGUUAGAUUCGGCGAUUUGUUGGUGGAUUUUCAGCGCUUUGGUCAACACGACAAGGACUCUCCGCUUGAGACGCAACGAAAUCAAGCUGAGUCUCUACCGCCACUUUACCAACACUCUAAUCUUCGCUGUUAUCGCCUCAAUUUGCUUCAUGUUGUAUUCGAUUAAGACGCAUCGCAUAGUUCAAUGUUUAGUCGUGUGGAAAAAUCUCUGGUUGGAGGAGGCCUUCUGGCACAUUCUCUUCUCGGCUUUGUUGCUCGUGAUUAUGAUUUUGUGGAGACCCACGAAUAAUAAUCAGAGGUACGCCUUUGUGCCGCUUUUGGACACGGGGGAGGACGAGGAGGAGGAGCAGUUGGUCAAUGAUGCCUACGGGGUCAAAGUCAGGAUACACCACCCCAAGGGGGCCUCACCGAGGAGCAAUUCGGUGGAUGAUGAUUUGAAAUGGUUGGAGGAAAAUAUCAAAAGUGAUCCAGCACUGCCGAUUUUAGAUUCGGACGAAGAACUAGUCAGUACGAGGUUUGAGGUCUCAAAGAUGCAGUAAAUGUGCCACGAGUGAAAGGAGUGUGAGGGUGUUGAGGUCGGUCUUAAAUUGAACUGACAUGAUUACAAGAUGGUUAAAACAAAAACCGCUAACGAUAACUUUUUUAUGGAAUAACAAUUGAGUUUGAAAGUAUUACGGAAUUUCAAAUUGGUCGUCUUGAAAUCGUUUCAGUUUAUUUUCCUAUUGAUGGCCGGCCUAUUUAUUACUAAUCUAAUUGGCAAACACAUUUCAAAGAGUCUUCAGUAUUAGCAUAGUUAUUAUCUUUUGUUAUGUAUUGUGUACGACAUAACGCAAUGACUGGAUUUUAUAAAACUUCAGUGAUUUAUAUUAAGUCUGUACAUACUUAGCACAUGAAUGUUAUUUAAUUGUUUGUAUUGUAUAUAAUUUGUUGCUAUAAAAUGGCUUUCUUGACUUAAUAAACAAAUUUAUGCUAA